CGAAGAGCUCACUUCCGGCAUGAGAGCGGCGCACAAAGCACAUUGACAGUUGAUUCAGUCUUAGUCCGUUGCUGAAUCGCCUUGUUCCGCGUAUGUAUAAUAUUCUGAUGCUCGGGUGGCUUCAUAAACUCCCGUGGAUGUAACCGAGCUUCCAGGUCAAAUAAAGCCAGCUUGGAGUGCUGCGAACAAUAAUGGCAAAUGAUGAAAUGGACUACAAUAUUGUGUUUCCAGAUGAAGCGACCAGCGAGACACACUGGCAGGGAACAAAAGAGCCUGUUGUGAUACUGUUGGGAUGGGCGGGCUGCAGAGACAAACACCUCACCAAGUACAGCUCCAUCUACAAUGAACAGGGAUGCGUCACUAUCCGUUACACGGCCCCUCUCAAGACCGUGUUUAUCUCCGAGUCAUUCGGAUACAAAGAACUGAGACGUACAGCCCUCAAGUUGCUGGAGAUCCUCUUUGACUAUGAGGUGGAGCAGAGUCCCAUUUUCUUCCACGUAUUCAGUAAUGGUGGCUUCAUGCUGUACAGAUAUAUUGUCGAGCUUUUGCACAAGGACAAACUGUUUAGCUCCCUGUGUGUAAUCGGGGCCGUUGUGGACAGCGCUCCGGGUAGCGGGAAUGUCCUCGGGGCAGUGCGGGCCCUGGCCGCUACUUUAGGGCCCAAAAUAAGUCCUGUUUUGAAGUACCUCCUGCUUGCACUCUUUGCAAUGACUGUUUUCUUGCUGCGAAUCGUGCUGUACCCCUUGACCAAAUAUGUGCACAAGAACCACUAUGACGCGGUGCAAGAGAGGCCGCCUGCCUGGCCUCAUUUCUUCCUCUACUCUCGAGCUGAUAGAGUGAUCAGGCCAAGAGAUGUCAGGCUCUUUGCAGACACCCUCAAGUUUAAAGGAGUUCCAGUGGACAGUUAUGAUUUUGUCUCCAGCGUCCAUGUGAGCCAUUUCCGGGAAUAUCCGGAGCAGUAUACUUGCAAGUGCCGCAAUUUCCUGAUUGCUUGUAUGAAGGACACAGAUGGGACAUUCACGAGAAAGAGACACCGGGUCCGGGAUCAGUGAAGCAUGUAAAACCCAAGUGGUGCUCUGGGAACUGAGAUUCUUGCAAAAUUCUCCAGGUAUUUGACAGAGCAUUGUGUGUGUGUGUGUGUUUUUUUUAAAUUUUGCUUAAUCAGAAAUGUCCCACGGUUGAAUUCAUUUGUCUGUGGACUUGCAAUCAUUUUCUCAAUUUUUUUUUAUUUAAUAGCACACUUAAAACAGGUAGUUGAUUGACACUGGAUAAAUGGGACUAAAUAUACUGUAAAUUGUAUUUAUUGUGUUUGAUAUGUGAUGCCUUGUAGAUCGGUUGUACUGUCGCAGUGUUAGAACCUAAUUGAAAUUGAUAUUAGAGCAUACGCCACCAGUAUUUAAUCGUUGAGAUGUAUGUGUGAAUUCCUUUUUGUUUAUUUACCAUCGGAACCUUAACACAGAGCGUGCCGUAAAGUCAAAGGAGGAGUCAGAAAAGGACACGUUGACGCAGAUUGUUGAUGCCAUGUCACGAGUUGACAUUUGGGGAAAAUGAGUGGCUGGCAUUUGUCUGCACCAAACCUGGCCUGGGUACUUAAUGUGUCGUGUGGAGCCGCAUCGAGGAAAGGAAGGAAGGAAGAGGGAAGGUUGCGUAUCAGUACGGACAAAUGAACAUUGAUCACCGGAGUGAACACGAUUCUGUCGUUCUACUGUUCAUUUCCUCCAGUGGUUCAUUGACUUCACAGGUAUUAAAAAUAAGUGCAACUGUUGGGAAUGUAAGUGCUACAUGAGCCCCCUCUCCCCCUUUUCGUGAAGGUAACCCCUUCAACAUGUAGCGAUCCAGCGGCAGUGAAGUGAUCCAUUAUUGACCCGUUAUCAGGUAACUUUGCGGGAAAAGGUGAACGAACGUGCGGUCAAAGUCAGGCAUUAGCCCACUCUUGGACCUUACCCGUCGGCCAUCCGUGCAGUACUCCCUACCUUCCUGAGGAGGGCAGCAUUGACUCACGCUUGACAUCUUUCUAGAGCUUCUCAACUAACGCACGGCCGUCAAUGGCCGCGUCCGGGCCUCAGCAAGUCUAAUCGGCCAUCAGUACCUCACAUUCGAGACUUUUCAUGUUAGCACCCCUUUGUGUAAGAAUGGACGUGUGCUCUUGCUCCGUAUUUGCUUAAUAUUCUGCACCUCAAAAUUCCUAAAGGGGCUUUUGUAAAUUUCCC